AUGCCGAACACAGAGAAUGGCACAACCAAAGUCCAUGUCAAUGGCUUCUUGUCCACGGCUGAUUUUGCGGGCCCCUACGAUGUGAUUGUGGUUGGUGGUGGUGCCGCGGGCAUCGGUGCUGCGAUCGGCGCAAAGCAGACGGUGCCACAGUCACGGGUCUUACUCAUUGAGUCAGAGGCGUGUCUCGGUGGCGCCGCUACUCACCGUGGAGUCCUCUCAUACUGCGGACUUUACAGCGUGGGACCGGACCCUCGAAGGGCGGUGGGCAAAAUAUGGACAGAACUUCAUGCAAGGCUGGUCUUGGAGGGAGCGGCGACUCCCCUUCCCGACAGGGUUGUCGCAUAUGUUCAGGCAAGACGGAAAUUCUACAUCCCUCGAAAUUCGAAGCUGACCCCCAGUUUCCAGCAUAUCGAUCCGGAGGGGCUCAAGCAUGUGCUGGAUGACAUGGUCGCCUCAUAUGAUAUUGAAGUUUUACUACAUUGUGCCGUGGUUGGUGGUGACAGAACCGAUGGCAAGCUUGUCACGGUCGAGGUUCAAGAGCGAAGGGGGAGACGAACAAUCUCAGGCAAAGCAUUCGUCGACUGCUCAGGUGAUGGAGAUCUCGCCAGCCACGCCGGCGCGUCGACAAGGUACGGCAAUCACGGCCAUGUCAACAUGGGUUCGUUGGCAACCCGGUUCGGUGGCCUCCAAAACGCCAGCCCAUCGUCUUCGUUGUGGCGAGACGCCAUUCAGCAGGCUAAAGCGGCAGAUCCAACACUGAAAAAGACUAUCCCACGUAACGUCGGGGUCUUGAUUCAACUUCCUGGCUCCGGAGACAUCUGCACAUAUAUGGCGUCAGCGAUUUAUGACGCCAGAAAUAGUGCUAGCAUCUCGUCCGCUGAACGGCAGGGGCGGAUGCAGGCCAAAACCUACCUCGACAUCCUUCGCAAAUUGCCCGGCCAUGAGAAAAUGUAUCUCGUCUCCUCUGGACCGAAUUUCGGCACACGCGAGUCACGCCACAUCAACUCGCGCUAUCAGCUUACCGAGUCCGACAUAUUUGAAGGUCGCAGCUUCGAAGACACUGUCGCUCUCGGGGCUUGGUAUACGGAAUAUCAUGACGGAAGUAAAGAGGAUUGGCCCAUCAUUUUUAGGGAGCCACCAGAAGGGGUAUUCGACAUUCCUUUGCGCAGCUUGCAGAGCCUCGACACCUCCAACCUAUUCUGCGCCGGUCGCUGUGCCGAUGGAGAUCAGGCUGCAGCGAGUGCCAUCCGUGUCAUGGGGACUGCAUUGGCGACUGGUCAAGCUGCAGGAACGGCCGCUGCCCUUACAGCGCAAACAGGCUGCGAGGCCGAUCCACAGGACGUCAGGCUUUCGCUUUUGAAGCAAGGAGCGUUACUGGACCGUCACAAUUUGGUCAAGGCGCCCUACGUGGAAGAACCCGAGGGUCUCAACAUCACUCGUGAGGAGGCGCUAAACAGACAUUGA